CGGCAGGACGCGCCGCGCGCACGCGCACUGGGGCCUCCGCCAUGGCGACAGUGCUGUCCAGGGCGCUCAAGCUCCCGGGAAAGAAGAGCCCAGACCUUGGGGAGUACGAUCCCCUCACCCAGGCUGACAGCGAUGAGAGCGAAGAUGAUCUUGUGCUUAACUUGCAGCAGAAGAAUGGAGGGGUCAAAAAUGGGAAGAGUCCUCUGGGAGAAGCGCCAGAGCCUGACUCCGAUGCAGAGGUUGCCGGGCCUGCAAAGCCACAUCUCUCUGAAGUCACCACAGAGGGGUACCCCUCAGAACCCCUCGGGGCCCUGGAGCAGAAGGCAACCUCCUCUCUCGCGUCCUACGUGCGCACAUCUGUCUUCUUGCUAACGUUGGGGAUCUCAAUGAUCCUGGUGCUCCUCUGUGCUUUCCUCAUCCCCUGUCCCCCCAGAGACCUGCACAGCACUUGGAGCCGCCGCUUGGGCUCCCAGCGAGGUGGAGACCUGUCUCCGCUGGAAUUGGCUGACGUGAAUGGAGACGGCCUGCGGGAUGUGCUUCUUUCCUUUGUGACAUCAAGGAACGGGAGCUCAGCAGGUGGCUCAAGACCAGCUGCUGAUCUUGUGUGCCUCUCGGGGAUGAAUGGCAGCACGCUGUGGUCUAGUCCCCUCCCAGAAGAGGUCCAAGAUGUCACAUGUUUGGAUCUGAUGCCAGGCAGCGUGGCUGAAGUCAUCUGUCUUGUGACUGGGACACACAAGAUGCUCAGCGCAUUCAAUGCAACAUCAGGGAAAGCCAUGUGGACGCUCAGCCCAAACUCCCUGUCCAACGGCACCUUAGCUGCCCCUGCAGUGGUGCUGCCUGACUUGGAUGAGGAUGGCGUUAGAGAUCUGGCAGUUCUGGCCAUUGGUGAAACACAGCCAGACGUGUACUUUCUGCUGGUGUCUGGCCAGACAGGGAGCCCAGUGGGCCGACCCGUGAAGUACAGCAUCGUGGGAGUGGGGAAUCUGAUUGGUCCUCAGGUGCACAUCACGGCCAGUGGGGCUGUCUACAUCCUGUUUGGCUUUGGAAAUAUACAGGCUGUCGCCCUGCGGGACAUUUUUGUUCAGGCCCAAAAUCGAGACAGCUCACCACCUUCUCUGCAGAUAGAAGAGCCAGAAUGGGAGAAGCGGAGAUCCAUCAACCUGUCUGAGCUCAUUGACAUAUACAGUGAUGGUGUUGAGCUACUCCAGAUGGUGAAGAUGCCUGAUUCCAACUGCAGCAACCUCCUGAUUACAACCAGACAAGGUCUGGUUUUGCUUCGAGGGCAGAACCUUACACCUUACUGGACGUUGAGUCUCCCAGGCCUGCGCAGCCAGCCUACUCCUGGGUAUUUCACCGAUGAUCAGACAUUAGACUUCCUUCUGCAGACACAGGAAGUAGUUGGGAUGAAAAAGAUGAUGGUGGUGGACGGUGACUCUGGCUCUAUCAUUUGGAGUUACAGUGCUCCAUGUCACAUGAAAGAAACCCUGACCACCUCAGCAGUUACUUCAGACCGGAAGUCCGUCUUUCUGUUUUGGGCAGAAGGGCUGUCAGCUGCACCUCCCAAUUCUGAUGUCAUCCUAGCGGCUGAUCCACCCAGCCUUUACCACCUUUACCUCCUGCAUCCAACCUUCCCCUCCAUCCUGCUGGACCUGUCCAAUGCCACAGGCACAGUGACGGCCUCAAAGGUUGGAAUCAAUGACCUCUGGAAAGAUGCCUUUUAUGUCACCAGGACAACGGGGCCAAGCCCCGAAGGGCAUCCUGCACCCGUGGUGGUCAGCAAGCUGAGCCUUCGGUGGGCACUGAUGGAGAGCCAGAUGGUCCAGCUGAAGGAGACCACCCCCAAAAUCGGCAGGGGAGAGCUGCGAAGAUUCCUCUCUAGGAUAAAGUUUGUUGAUUCUCCCUAUCAGGUUUAAUGGAAUCUUCAGUUUCAGAAGUAAUCAAGAGUGGGUCCCUUCUCUCUGCUGUCAGUGUAAAAGCAAUUCCUUGGGGAGAGGAAGACUUCGGCCUUGUCUAAGCACUUCCACAUGACUGAUCUUUGCACUUUGGAAGGCUGUUGGAGCUGCGAUAACGCAUGACCUGCUUGGCUGGGGUAUCACACCACCUUUCCAGUUCCCGCAUUAACCCUCUCUAGGAACUCUAUGUGGAUAGUUUGGAAAUGUGAAUCUUCUAGGUGUUUUUGUUUUGUACAUAUAAUUUAUAAACUGUUGCUGGGAAAUCCAGUAAAGCCUAUAACUAGGACAUAUUUUGUUUUGCAUUAUGCUGCGUGUAUAUAUUUUUCGGUGUUGUGGUGAGAUUAUUUCCAGACAUGCCCUAAGCUUCAGGGAUCCCAUUUCUUGUCCUCUGGAAAAACAUGUGGUUUGGUCACCUUGAGACUUGCAGAUGGCCUCCCUGUUUCUGAGGGUCACCCAUCUCUCUCCUCCCGUACCAUGGCAACAUCUGAGCUGUAGACAGCAGAGAAAGAGAUUGCCAGGGGAGGACAGAGGUGUCCAUCUAGCGUUUUCAUCUCUUCUUUCCCCAGACAUCCUAUCUUUAAGUGGCCAUGAGAAUAGGCAUGUUCCUAUCAGAAGGGGAGCGAGAGAAGAGUUUCAGUGGCUCACCUCUACCCAGGUCCAUGUGUUGUGUUUUUGUUGGCUGUGCCAGUCAUGACCUCUGUCCCUGCAGCAAUGUCAGAAGGGCACGAGUGCAUGCUGUCUGCAUCUCAGGGGGCUGGAGUCAGGGCCCAGGAAGCGCAUGCCCUUUCCAUCCUCCUUGCCUCCUCUUACCUUGCUUUCUCCUUUAUUCAGGGAUUUGUUUCUGGACUAUUUUGCUACUUGAGUCCAGUAUGCAACCAUUUUGCCCUCCAUGUUCCCUUACAGAGCCUUUGAAGCUUGUAUUUUGAGAAGAUUCUUAUGUAAAUACUAUAAAUUUUAUAAGUGAUUAAGUUCUUUAGAAUUAUUUCCAGCACUUACUUUCCCCAUUCUUCUAUAUAAAUUUGUUACUUCUAGGUCAUUGUCUAUAUAGCAGAAAAUCCAGUGGUAGCUGAUGAAAAAAAAACCCUGCUUUUCUGCUUGAGUAAUUUUGAUAGACCAUCCCUGAGUGAAAAUCAGGUUUUGUACCUUCUUGGUCUACUUUCUUUUUAGCUUGUUUUAGUCAAGAGAGUCCAGAACAUGAUGGAUUCAAGAUUUCAAGGGAUAUUUAUUAAUUGCCCACUGACAGGUGUUAGCAGGGGAUUAGUAGCAAUAGAUGCAAGUAGAUAUAUUGUUUGGCUUGCAGAUUGUCUGGCUAUGGAUUGGCCUUAGUGGGUUUCUGGGUACCUCUACCUUAAGACCAUGAAAGUGUAUUUGCUUUCAACACUUCUUAAGUUGUGGGUGGGUUCAGCUUGACUUUAGUAGAACAGUUAAGAGAAUACCCUUAGUAUGGGUAUCUUCACUUUAGAUUCUUUUCCAGGCAUUUGAAUCUACUUGGGUAUAAGGGUCUGGGAUCACAGUGAUGGCAGACCUUUGAGAGCUUUUAGUAAUAACAAACAGCCUGCUGUGGCAUGCAUGGCAUAAGUUUGCCAACACUGGCCUAGGAUAUAGUUCUCAGGACUAAUGUGUAGUGGACCGAAGCCCCAGACUGGUAAUGGUCCUAUGGCUUGGCUGAGCCAUCCAGGCAUAACCUGUUCUCUACCAUGUUGAGGCUUUCUGGGAAACCAGCCAGCACAGACAGGAAGAAAAUGCAAGUUGUUUAUUGAAAAUCUGCUUGGCUGGGAUUUGUUUGGACGGAGGACUAUGUGUGUAUGCAAGUUAAGUCUCAGACACAGGUAAGAGGAAUCUAGAAAAUAGUGCAACUGAAUUCUAUCUCUUAAAAACUCCAUUGUGUAAGUUUGAAGCCCUCCUUGCUAAACACAAUGAAAGCUCUAGUUUUACUUCCUCUUGAAGCUAGUACAGAAGGAUAUAAGGGCUGCUGAAGAUCGAGGGAGAUUCACCUGAGUGAUGCGGGUGCUGGUCUCUUGUCCAGUGUGCCCGUGAACCACCCGCUCCUUGCAGGCAGCUACUCAGCCCAGAUAUCCAAGACAGGAAGCGCUCCUUUCUCUUCCCACCCCAAACUCAGGCUUUCCAGCACAGCCAGCUGGACCACUACUUAGUGGCAGUAAUGACUUCUAGAAAUGCAAGGGCUUUCUCCUGUCGAUCUCCAUUUCCUUCCCUUGCAAACCCUCCCCUCUGUACUAGGCAGGAUCCUCACUAGCCCCCAAAUGUGUGGCAUGGUUCUCCCAACUAACCUCAUGAAUGUGAAUUGCUGUCCUUAUUGCCCACAUGAAAGGAGAGCCAGCUGGUCUGUUGUCCGAAAGUACUAUUUAAAAUGUGAACUGUUAUAGAACAAAUAAAUACCGUGUACCGGAAUGUA